AUGGCGUGGGGAAAAGCAAAGCCUCAACCCUCCCUCCUCAGCCAACUCCUUCCCCUCGUCAUCUUCUUCACCGUUAUCGCCGGGCUCGCCUGGGUCGGCUACCAAAUCUACCUCAGCGUCAACCAGAUGCAGGGUAAUGUGUCCCAGCGCAUGGGCAAGAAGAAUGUCGUCUUCACCAAGGACGGUCUGAAGGUCGGCGUUAAGCACGUCAAGCACGAGAACGAGGUGGAUGCCACCCAAAAGUAUCUCGUCAACGCCUGGAAUCUGCAUGCGAACAAGGAGGCGGCCGGAAAGAAGAGCAAGUGA